UUUCUGGGUCUGUGAGAUUAAGAACUAAAAGAAACCUGCAGGUGUCUAUAUAAAAACCAGUUAUUGGAAUUAAUGGUUAACUUUAAGAUUUAUCUAACCAAUAACUCAUAACAUAAUAUUGUCAAGUGUUUAGUGUGUACAGUUAUCAUUUUUACGCAGUUCUAGUUACUACGUGACUUGUGAGCGGAACAUAAUGGCAGCCUCCAGCAAUCCAUAUCACAAUUUGUUGAAGACUUUGGACAUCAAUGGAAAAUCAUAUAAAUACUACGAUCUUGGAGUACUCGGGGAAAAAUAUGACCGUCUCCCCUUCAGCAUCAGGGUUCUCUUGGAGUCAUGUGUUCGGAACUGCGACAACUUUCAAGUGCUGGAGAAGGAUGUGAAGAACGUCCUCGACUGGGAAUCGAACCAGAAUGUUGAGGGUGGAGUGGAGAUUGCAUUCAAACCCGCCAGAGUUAUAUUACAAGAUCUGACGGGUGUACCAGCGGUGGUGGACUUUGCUGCGAUGCGAGAUGCCGUCAAGGGUUUGGGUGGAAAUCCAGACAAGAUCAACCCCAUAUGUCCAGCUGAUUUGGUCAUAGACCAUUCGGUGCAAGUAGACUUCGCCAGAAUUCCUGAUGCUCUGAACAAAAAUCAAGAAUUGGAAUUCGAGAGAAACAAGGAAAGGUUCCAGUUUUUGAAGUGGGGUGCCCAAGCUUUCGACAACAUGUUGAUCGUACCACCAGGCUCUGGAAUUGUUCAUCAGGUUAAUCUAGAAUACCUGGCCCGUGUGGUGUUCACUGGUGACAUUCUACACCCAGAUUCUGUGGUGGGCACGGACAGUCACACCACCAUGAUCAAUGGCUUGGGUGUAGUCGGGUGGGGUGUCGGUGGUAUCGAAGCGGAAGCCGUGAUGCUGGGUCAAGCGAUAAGCAUGCUUUUACCCAAAGUGGUGGGGUACAAACUUGUGGGGGAGCUGGACCCCCUAACAACCUCCACUGACCUGGUGCUCACUAUUACCAAGCACCUCCGCUCCCUUGGCGUGGUGGGUAAAUUCGUGGAGUUCUUCGGCCCAGGCGUGGGCGCACUCAGCAUAGCGGACAGAGCCACGGUCGCUAACAUGUGCCCAGAGUUCGGUGCUACGGUUGCACAUUUCCCCGUCGACGAGCGAUCCUUGCAGUACUUGAGUCAAACCAACCGAUCAGCUGAAAAAAUCAAAAUCAUCGAGGAGUAUCUGAGAGCUACAAAACAGUUCAGAGACUACAGCAAUCAAAGCCAAGAUCCCAUCUUCUCGGAGGUGGUAGAACUGGAUCUAUCGACCGUUGUGACGUCAGUCAGCGGACCGAAGAGGCCCCAGGACCGUGUCUCCGUGUCCGUCAUGAAGAAGGAUUUCUCAGAGUGUCUCACUAACAAGGUCGGUUUUAAGGGGUACGGCCUCUCGCAGGCUCAGCUGUCGGCGUCGGGCAGUUUCUCGUUCAGCGACGGGAAGACGUACAGCAUAACGCACGGUUCCGUCAUCAUCGCGGCCAUCACCUCGUGCACUAACACCUCCAACCCCAGUGUCAUGCUUGGAGCUGGUCUCCUAGCAAAGAAGGCGGUACUAAACGGACUCUCCGUUCUGCCUUAUAUCAAGACAUCUCUCUCUCCGGGGUCUGGUGUUGUCACUUAUUACUUAAAGGAGUCCGGAGUGGUUCCGUACCUAGAGAAGCUGGGCUUCGACAUCGUCGGCUACGGCUGUAUGACCUGCAUCGGUAACUCGGGGCCUAUAGAUGACAACAUCGCAAACACUAUAGAAAAGAACGAGUUGGUGUGCUGCGGCGUGCUGUCUGGCAAUAGGAACUUUGAGGGGCGUAUCCACCCAAACACAAGGGCCAAUUACCUGGCUUCGCCUCUGUUGGUCAUAGCGUAUGCCUUGGCCGGCACCGUCGAUAUAGACUUUGAAACGCAACCACUGGGUAACCGCGCGGACGGCUCGCCAGUAUUCCUGCGGGAGAUAUGGCCGACGAGGGCGGAAAUACAGGAGGUCGAAAAUAAAUACGUCAUACCCGGAAUGUUCAAAGAGGUGUACGAGAGGAUAGAGGAGGGUUCGUCCUCUUGGCAGGCUCUGGAGGUCCCCCAAGGACAGCUCUACGGGUGGGACCCCAACUCCACUUAUAUCAAGAGACCGCCAUUUUUCGACGGUAUGACCAAGGACCUACCACCUAUUCGUAGCAUAGAGAACGCCCGCUGUCUUCUCCUCCUGGGUGACUCCGUGACCACUGACCACAUCUCACCGGCUGGCUCCAUCGCCAGGAACUCGCCAGCUGCGAGAUUCCUUGCUGACAGAGGGCUGACACCCCGCGAGUUCAACUCGUACGGCUCGAGGCGUGGCAACGACGCGGUGAUGUCGCGUGGCACGUUCGCCAACAUCCGUCUGCUCAACAAGAUGGCACCAGCUCCCGGCCCGCGUACCGUACACCAUCCCUCGCAGCAAGUGAUGGACAUAUUCGACGCGGCUGACAGAUACGCACAAGAAAACGUACCUCUCAUAGCGAUAGUGGGCAAAGACUACGGAUCAGGAUCGAGCCGUGAUUGGGCAGCGAAGGGGCCGUUCCUAUUGGGUAUCAAGGCCGUGAUCGCGGAGUCCUUCGAGCGUAUCCACCGGUCCAACCUGGUCGGUAUGGGCAUCAUGCCCCUGGAGUUCCUCCCCGGGGUCAACGCAGACACGCUGGGCCUGACCGGGGCUGAGAGGUACUCCAUCAGCGUCCCGGACACACUGGUGCCGCAGCAUUUACUGACUGUGCAGGUGGACAACGGAAAAUCAUUCCAAGUAAAAGUCCGUUACGACACAGAAGUUGAUCUUACCUACUUCAGAAACGGAGGGAUUCUUAACUAUAUGAUCAGAAAAAUGUUAUAAUGUAUAUUAAAAGAAAUUGCGUUAUUUUCGGAAACGGUUGGAUAUAUAAGCGGACAGACUUGAUUGAGAGUUAGUGCGUAUGUUUUUUUUUUUACAUGGGCUAGGGGUAAGUUUUGAUAUAGAGUACGGUAGUGCCACUUUUUCAGCGUUUUUAGCCCUAUUAACUUUUUUUUUUAUAAAUAAAUAUACCAAAUAUACUACGACAAUACGCACAACGGGUACUAAGAUGACUGAUGAAUAUUUUUAAUGUACAGAUAAACACCCAGAUACAGAAAAACUUACCUGUUCAUCACGUUAACAAUUUACAGUAGUGGGAAUCAAACCCACAGAGCCUUGGUCUCAGAAAGCAGUAUCGCUGCAAACUGUUCGCGGCCGUUAAUAUUUUAAUGCUAAGAAAACAAGAUGGUGAAUUUCAAAAUGACCGCCAUGCAAAUUUAAAGUAAAAAUCCUACUUAUAUUAAAAAUUAUAAACGAAUAUUAAAGUAAAGAAAACAAGAUGGUGAAUUUCAAAUUAACCGCCUUGAAAAUUAAAGAAAAAAAAUCCUAUAUUAAAAAUUAUAAACGAAUGGAAGUUAAAAACAUGGUGGCAAAUUUCAAAAUGGCUGCCAUGCAAAUUUAAAGAAAAAAUCCUACUUAUAUUAAAGUUAUAAUCGAAUAUUAAAGUAAAGAAAACAAGAUGGUGAAUUUCAAAUUAACCGCCUUGAAAAUUAAAGAAAAAAAUUCCUAUAUUAAGAAUUAUAAACGAAUGGAAGUUAAAAGCAUGAUGGCAAAUUUCAAAAUGGCUGCCAUGCAAAUUUAAAGAAAAAAUCCUCCUUUUAUUAAAAAUCAUAAACGAAUAUGGAAGUUAAAAAAAAAGAUGGCGCAUUUCAAAACGGCCGCCAGACAGAUAACAGAUUAAAGAAAAACAUUAUAAAGUACCCACAAGAAAGGGAGCUGUUACGUCUUUGUAACGUAAAAAGUGGUAGUACUUUAACUUAUUAUUAAUAGUAAAAGGGUAUAAUAGUAAAUAAAAAAUAAAUUAUU